CUGCAUCUCGACGACCAACUCUCGCUCCAUUUGUCGUCUUGCUGUUUGACCGCUGCCUUCGUCGCGAUCGUGCCAUCGAGCAGGACUUCAGUGUAGCUCUACAAAUCUAGGUCGUCAUGUCGAAUUCCACGCCGCCCGCCGCAGCGACCGGGAGUACUGCUGGCAGCGACGAAUCUGCUUCCACGAUUACGGUCAAUACCACCAAGGCUCCCGCCAACUUCCCGCCGCCGAAGACCGACAAGCCUCGUCCCCAUGUGUGCGCGACUUGUCAGCGUUCCUUUGCCCGCCUCGAGCAUCUGAAACGCCACGAGAGAUCCCAUACCAAGGAGAAGCCCUUCGAGUGUCCCGAGUGCACAAGAUGCUUUGCCCGACGGGAUCUGCUUCUGCUGCACCAGCAGAAGCUCCACCAGACUACCACGCCCUCCUCCCGGCCUAGAAACCGUAGGGAGAGCACCAGCAGUGCUGCUGCCGGCCAGAGCCGUGCUCGCAAGAACAGCGUUGCCAAUGCCAACGCCUCUGCUGCCACCAACACUUCUAUGCGGCCGAGGGCAAACACCAUCAGCCAUGUAGACGGUACUGCUAUGCAGAUGAUCGCGGCAGCCAACGCCUCAGUCGUCCGUCACAGUCAAAGUUCUCAUCCAAAGGUUGGGUAGCACUCAUGUCGGCCAUGCCGUUGCCAAGGGGAGACGCGGAGUCCAUAGCCAUAGAGUGAGGCGAUUCACUGUAGUGCAAUGCGUUAGAGUUGAUCGU